AUGUCCGUCUCAGCCUCGAUCCCCGACACCUCGCUUGGCCUCACCUCCUCCGAGAUCCAGAUCCUCCGACAACAGCAACAAAUUGCCCUCCAGAACAGCCAUGCCGGCAAUGGCGCCUCCAGAGGUCGCGGUGCAGGGAGAGUCAGUAACUCUAGUUCGCGCGCAACCAGUGCCGCCAGCAGUCAGGGCCGCUUAUUGCUGGAUCCCGAUAGUCUCCACGCACUGUCGCACCAGCUGGGCUCCUUGGAGCGUCGCAUCAGUGGCCAGAUCGACUAUCUCUCGCAACAAAUUACAGAUUCCGUCAAACGCAGUCGCAGCGGCGCAUUGAAAACCAUGCAUGAUGUCGAAGCGGAGAUGGCCCGUACCCGCUCGAUGAUGGCGUCUGCGGACGACUUGGAGAACGAGCUGGCUAAGAUCGCCCACAUUCGGGAUAUUGUGAAAUCCUUUCGUGGUCGAAUCGAGGGCAUAGAUCGUCGCAUGGAACAGUCCCGUCGUCGCCGCUGA